AUGACGAUGAUGGUGGGCUUCCUCCGCAAAGCCCUUGUGCUCCAGGUGAGGUUUACUCUCUCAGCUUCACCAACUCCACAAAGCCUGCCUUAUCUUCACCACCACCUCUACCCAUUCUCAUCUUCAUCCGAAGCACACUCAUUCAUUGUGUCUCACCUCAUAAACUCAUGUGGCUUCUCCCAUAAAGCGGCUCUAUCGGCUUCCAAAUACUUGCACUUUAAAACCCCAGAAAAACCCAAUUCGGUCUUUGCCUUCUUCAACAGCCAUGGCUUCUCCGAAUCCCAAACCUCAAAAAUUGUCAGAUCACAACCUCAACUCCUCGUAUCCGACCCAGACAAAUCCCUUUUGCCCAAACUCCAUUUUUUCUACUCCAAAGGCGCUUCUAACCCUGACGUUGUCAAGAUCAUAGCCUCUUGCCCAGUCAUCUUGAAACGAAGUUUGGAAAAUCAAAUCAUCCCAUCCUUUAAUUUCUUCAAAGAUUUCUUUCAAUCCGAGGAGGUGACAAUGGCUACUGUUAAACGCUUUUCACGGGUUCUAAUAGUUAAUCCCCACAUCUGUGUGGAAUCUAAUAUCAAUGCGUUGCAAGAAUCUGGAGUACCCAAAUCUAAUAUUGCCGCAUUGCUAAGCCUCCAGCCUAGGGCAUUCAUGGUGAGACCAAAUCAUUUUAGGGAGAUUUUGGAGGAAGUAAAGAAAAUGGGGUUUGAUCCUUCAAAAACAAGGUUUCCCACAGCAGUCCAAGCAAUGACAGGGAUGUCAAAAUCAACCUGGGAAAGGAAGAUCGAUGCUUAUAAGAGGUGGGGCUGGUCUGAGGAAGAUAUUUGGUUAGCCUUUACGAAGUCACCCUGGUGUAUGAUAUAUUCCGAGGAUAAAAUAAUGGCAACAAUGGAUUUCUUCGUCAAUAAAAUGGGGAGGGAGUCUUCUUUGAUUGCUAACCGGCCCUUUCUCAUCGGGCUUAGCUUGGAGAAGAGAAUUAUUCCUCGGUAUUCAGUUGUUCAAGUUUUGUUGUCAAAGGGUUUGAUUGAUAAAGACAUUAGCCUGGUAGUUCUGUUUGAAUCUACUGAAAAGAUGUUUCUGGAAAAGUUUGUGAAUGGCUACAAGGAAGAAGCUCCUCAGUUAUUGAACUUGUACCAGGAAAAAGUCAAUCUUUCAGGAUAA